AUGACUGAACAACCUGAUACAUCAAUGACUGAUGCACCAAUGGCUAGCACGCAGAGUGUAGCCGGGAUCAAAAAGUCACACGAGCUAGCUACGGUUACUAUCAAAACACCGCGCUAUUCCUACGUACAUCUUGAGCUUUUCAGUGCCUCGGCCGAUCCAGGUGUAUUAGAUGUCCUUCAAGUGCGGUCUAAGUGUACAUCUGCCCUGAAGCAAUUCCUAGGCACCACAGGUCUUGGAAUGCCUCUAGAUAUUCUCAAGGUGGAAGGGAAGGAUUGUUGGUUAAGAGUUCCGCGGGAUGACUUAGCAGCAUUCUCCGCAGCCAUUACAGCCUGGCAAGGCUCUUAUCAGGACGGUCUUCACUCAUCACUUCGGAUACGAGGGUGCUCUGACUGGCUUGGUGCCUUGGUGGGAAGAGAUGGGGAGGAUGAGCUAUGGACUGGCUGA